CUCUCUUCAUUAUCGUUAUUUCUCAUUACUCAAUCUAAUCUCUUAAACUGUUAACGAUGAAGUGCUUCAGCGUAGUAUUCUUCACGGUACUUCUCACCGCGGUGACUGGAGGAUCUAAGAUAAAGAACCUCAAAAAUGAUAUUGCAACUCUAGAAGGCGCUUUUUCCUCAGUCCUUGAAGAAACAGAGUCGGCGAUCGCAAACAUGACAGCCCGAAUAGACAAAAUGGAGGCAGAACGAGUGAAACUGGAUCAAGCACACGCCUGGCAAGCUCUCCACAUGGCAGCAGCUGCUGCUUGCAGAGGAAGCACAGCUACUGGAGGCAGCGGACCUUGGGGAAACGCUGUCAUCGCUAAAGAAAACACGAGAAGUUGUACCGCUGUCUGCGGAGAUACCGUGUUCAACCUGUGUGACGCUGACAUCUCCGUCAGUGGUUACAUUGGAAAAGCUCAGUCCUACUCACAGAGACUGGGACACUUCUUCAACUACGGGUGUGGAACUCCUGGGAACACGAACGAGAAGUUUGACGAGGUGAAAGCGGGAGGAGAUGACGUGUUCAAAAAUAUCGACACCGGUAAUUGGUACUACCGCUUUUGUUGCUGCAGGAAAGCUUAAUGGCAAUGAAAUGUUAGCGCCGAUAGAUUGAACACUAGUUAAUCAGAUCAUAGAUGGUAGCCUUUUGAUCGCUUCAUUUUUGUGAAAUAGUAGACAUUUUUUGACAACAAAUUGUUAUACAAAUUUUCAUUAUACCGAUA